CCCGCCUGACCGGGAGUCAAAUGUGCCGGCCUCAUCUUAUCCACAGCCCCGGGAUCCCUUGGCUGGACAGCAGCAAGGCGGCACUGUCUGCCCAUCACCACAACCCCUGGACCGUCAACCCCUUCACCAAGACACCCCUGCACCCCUCGGCGGCCGGAGCGCCGGGGGCCAUCUCGGUGUACACAGGCAGCAGCACGUCCAGCACCGCCUCCGCGACCCCUCCCAAGGAAGUGUCCCCGGACCCCACCUCCACCAGCGCUGCCUCCCCUUCGUCCUCCGCCGGAGCCCGGCAGGAGGACAAAGACAGCAUCAAGUACCAAGUGUCGCUGUCGGAGGGGAUGAAGAUGGAGAGCGCCAGCCCGCUCAGAAGCAGCCUCACCAGCAUGGGGGCCCAGCCCUCCACCCACCACCCCAUCCCCACUUACCCCUCCUACGUGCCGGCCGCCCAUGACUACAAGCCGCGAAGCAAGGCCAGAUCCUGUUCGGAAGGCAGAGAGUGUGUGAACUGUGGAGCAACUGCUACCCCUCUCUGGAGAAGAGACGGCACCGGGCAUUACCUGUGUAACGCCUGCGGGCUCUACCACAAAAUGAAUGGUCAAAACCGACCUCUCAUUAAACCUAAACGAAGGCUGACGACCACCACAACCUUAUGGCGACGUAAUGCAAACGGGGACCCAGUUUGUAAUGCCUGCGGACUCUACUAUAAAUUGCACAAUGUGAACAGGCCUCUGACCAUGAAAAAGGAAGGAAUCCAGACCAGGAAUAGGAAAAUGUCCAACAAAUCAAAGAAAAGCAAGAAAGGCUCUGAGUGUUUUGAGGAACUGUCCAAGUGCAUGCAGGAGAAAUCGUCUCCCUUCAGCGCUGCUGCCCUUGCUAGUCACAUGGCGCCCAUGGGGCAUUUGCCACCUUUCAGCCACUCUGGACACAUCCUACCGACACCUACUCCCAUCCACCCAUCUUCCAGCAUCUCAUUUGGACAUCCACACCCAUCCAGCAUGGUUACAGCCAUGGGAUAAAACCGAAUGACCGAGAGAUCUACCCAGAGAUUAAGAACAUGGGGCUUUGCCUAGGAUGACACCAAGUAAGAAAAUGUUCUGCCAAGAGGAGAAUGUAGGGAUGGCAAAAGGGGAUCUUUGCUCCCAUGUGGUUUAACUCUUAAUGCUGGACUAAAACCUUGCAAAUGAUGGGUCUUCUGCAGAAACGUGUAGUGGUGCCUGUAAUGCACUUUGCCCCCUCAGGUAUAAAGAAAAAGAACUUGCCUGUUCGAUACUUAAUGGUCCAGCAGGAAGCAAAAGGUGGCAGAAGCUGAGGAAAAGGCUUGGAACUGGCUUUCCUUUCUCUCUUUGUUAUUACUGUGAAUAUUGUAAAGAGAUAUAAGCAGCCUCCCAGGAUGGAAUCGGCUCACUGGAAGCCAGACAUUCUGGAUUUCUAUUGCGGACUUUGUUUGGGAUGGGGAAAAAAAGAAGAAAGAAAAAGAAAAAAGAAAAAAAAAAAGGACAUCUUUAUAAAAACGUCAUUUUUAAAAUUAAAUCAGACAAAGUCAUAUUUAUUUUGCUCUUGUUUUCCA